AUGCACAAUCAGGGAGAGCUCAGCCGUCAUUGUCAAACUACAUACCGACGCAUAGCUCCCCGACGCUCUGCCGUCACUGCCGUGGCAGAUGUUUUCAUACAGUCGCUGGUGCUUGCUGGAUUCUGUCCUGACCACGCCCCCAAACGACGAACCAGCCCUGUCCAACAUAAAUUCACUUCCACCGGAUAUCGCACUUUUUCAACCUCAACAAAGCAUAAUCUUGAUAUACAGAGCGCUAACACGCCGAAUUUCGGGCUUCCAAACCGCCCAUUUAACCCCCGUAUCCCCCACAUUCAUUCGCAACCAUUAAGUGCAUACGCCGCCAAAAGUGAACUCGACGACCGCGAUGGCCACCAUGUCAGUCAUCUCUCAUCAAAACGGACCAAUGAUAAGAUUUCGACGAUUACAGAGCGAGUCCUAGAUGACCUGCCUCUGGGGAAUGCUGAUCGCGGGACGAUAUCUCCUUCCAACGUACCUACACGGGGGAAGCAAGAGAGACGUACAAAUAUCACACCGCCAAGGCCGGUUCUACGUCUUACUACAUUCAGAGGCCACCACUUUUGGGUCAUAGACUAUAACAGAUGGCUGAAAACGACGAGACGGAGAAACAACAAGGACGGGCCAGCUGUGCAAGGCAGAUGGCAGGUUCCCAAAUUGAUCAUUGAUCUCAAGUUACUAUUGCCAGCCAUUGAAGAUCGCACCAAGUCGAAUCAAUAUAUUUUCAGUCUAUACAAACGACUACCUAGCCCAGGGGUAAACCGUCUUUCUGUCGAGGAGAGAGCACAGCUACUGUAUCGCUUUGCACACCCGCCAGAUAGGCGUCGGUCUAAUGCUCGCUACUUUCUAAGUCUUUUCAACGAUAUGAUUGAUGCUGGCUUCAAGGUAUCCAAAUCUUUGUGCACGUCCGCUAUUUAUUUCACGGCUCACAAGGUGCCCCGACUGGAGAAACGAGACUUGAUGGAUGCCAUCGCUAUCUGGCAUCGCAUGGAGACCAUAUAUGGUCUCGAAUCAGAUAGCGUCGUGUUUGAGCUACUGUUCAGGAUAGCUACUCUUUCUGGUCAUUUCGCGGUGGGUGAUCGCUUGUACCAGGAGAUGAAAAACCGAGGAAUGAGCCUCUCCCGACGGGGCCAUGUGACCAUGCUAUACUCCUACGGAAUAAGAGGUGACGUUGAAGGAAUACACAAAAGUUUUGAAGAGUUUGUCUCAACGGGCGAAGUUGUGGAUACAACUGUUCUUAAUUGCUUGAUCUCCUCCCUUCUAAACGCUGGAGACUUAACCACGGCACAACAAGUUUAUUCUCGCAUGUUGCGAAGUUCCCCGAAAAGUAUAGCCACAGCCGCAAAAGAGCACCCUCAGGCUGUUCUCCUCCCCUCGACAUCCACUGAUUUUGCGGCUCGGAGAUUGAGAGCUCAAAACCUUUGUAUGGUUUUCGAGACUUACCUAGAAAGGAAACAGAUGCAAAAUAAUGCACUUGUACCUGAGUUGUUCAUUCCGAUCGUGCCCAACAUUAGAACAUUCGCCAUCAUUCUCCGUCAUCAUUGCUUUUUUACGGGCGAUCUGAUAGCCAUCAGUCAGCUCCUGAACGAUAUGGAGAAAUUCUUUGAAAACCCACCUAGGGUAAUCAUUUACUACUUCUUAUUCCGGGGGUUUGGUACUCAUUCAUCAACCAAAGGAUGGACAGAAGAGCUGCUGUUAGGAGUUUGGGGCGCAUUCAAGCGUGUGUUGUAUGACUCCUAUGAAAGAAUGAACGAUUCUGAAAGUUUGUGGCUGCAUUCAAAGCCAGCAGGAAUAUGGGAGAAUCCGUUGAAAUCUUUCAAUAUAUACCAACUGGGGUCUCACACCCACUCUCUAGAGUUGGCUGACGACCAGAGUCGGGAAAGUAAUAUGAGCAAAAAGUAUGAGAACGAUAUGGUCGAUGAAGACAAGCAAUUUGGUGAUAGUACAGAAGAAACAGCCACCGACGAAGGCAAGGGAUUUGGCGGCGAUGUUGCAGGUGAAGCAUCCGAAAAUGAAGAUCUCAUGACACUCUUCGAUCAGUUAACGCAGUAUGGACGACUUCAAGAGGAGUGGUUUCCUGAUGAAAAUAUGAGACGAAGACUUGAGAAUGGCAUGUUUCUCGGGAGAGAGCUCAACAUCGUGAUUCUGAAAGCAUUUGGCGCUCACUGUGACGCUAAGACUCUGCUGCGUGUAUACGCGGAUAUUGAGAGGAUGUGGAGGCCUAGCAAAAGAUUGGCUGUCGAUGUGAAUAGCGUGAGAAAAGAGCUGCAGAGGCAGCUAGUGAGGGCACAAAAGAGAGAACGAGAGAAGUUAUAG